GGGCUUUAGCAGGUGCUGGGCAGUUGCUCACCCCUCUCCCGUGUUCCCUGCAGCCGAGAAGGUGUCCUCCCUGGGCAAGGACUGGCACAAGUUCUGCCUGAAGUGUGAGCGUUGCAACAAGACCCUGACCCCGGGCGGGCAUGCAGGUAAGAGCUGCUGGGGCGGAGUGCUGAUGAGCAGCCCCUGUGUCUCCCCCAGGGGCUUUAGCAGGUGCUGGGCAGUUGCUCACCCCUCUCCCGUGUUCCCUGCAGCCGAGAAGGUGUCCUCCCUGGGCAAGGACUGGCACAAGUUCUGCCUGAAGUGUGAGCGUUGCAACAAGACCCUGACCCCGGGCGGGCAUGCAGAGCACGAUGGGAAGCCCUUCUGCCACAAGCCCUGCUACGCCACACUGUUCGGCCCCAAAGGUACGUCCGUGCUCCCCCUGUGCCUGGGUGGCCGUGCCCAGGGCUGCAGGAGGGGCCAG